CCGCUGUAGCGAGGGUCGAGCCGCUGGCUCGAGCUUCUGAGGCUUACAGGCCGAACGAACAACUGGUUGGUGCUUAGACCCCUGCCGCAGCGGCGGGUCCCUCCACGUGCUUUCGGCGGCGACAUGGAGCUGGAGGAGUUGGGGAUCCGAGAGGAAUGUGGCGUGUUCGGAUGCAUCGCCUCAGGAGAGUGGCCCACGCAGCUAGAUGUGCCUCAUGUGAUCACUCUGGGACUCGUGGGGCUGCAGCACCGGGGUCAGGAGAGUGCUGGUAUUGUGACCAGUGAUGGGAAUUCGAUACCAACAUUCAAAACACACAAGGGAAUGGGUCUUGUAAAUCACGUCUUUACUGAAGACAAUUUGAAGAAAUUAUAUACUUCAAAUCUUGGAAUUGGACACACGAGGUACGCCACUAAAGGAAACUGUGAAUUAGAAAAUUGCCAGCCCUUUGUUGUUGAAACACUUCAUGGGAAAAUAGCUGUGGCACAUAAUGGCGAAUUGGUAAAUGCUGCUCGCUUAAGGAAAAAGCUUCUGCGUCACGGUAUUGGUCUGUCAACAAGUUCUGAUAGCGAAAUGAUCACCCAGUUACUGGCGUAUACCCCUCCUCAGGAACAAGAUGACACCCCAGACUGGGUGGCAAGGAUUAAAAACUUAAUGAAGGAAGCACCCACAGCAUACUCUCUGAUUAUAAUGCACAGAGAUGUGAUUUAUGCAGUACGAGAUCCUUAUGGAAAUCGUCCUCUGUGCAUUGGUCGUCUUAUUCCUGUAUCUGAUAUAAAUGAUAAAGAAAAAAAGUCUUCAGAAACAGAAGGAUGGGUGGUGUCUUCAGAAUCUUGUAGCUUUUUAUCUAUUGGUGCAAGAUAUUACCGUGAAAUCUUGCCUGGAGAAAUUGUGGAAAUAUCCAGACAUAAUAUCCAAACUCUUGAUAUUAUACCAAGGUCUGAAGGAAACCCAAUGGCUUUCUGUAUCUUUGAAUAUGUUUAUUUUGCAAGACCAGAUAGUAUAUUUGAAGACCAAAUGGUUUACACAGUAAGAUACCGUUGUGGUCUGCAGCUGGCAAUUGAAGCCCCUGUGGAUGCGGAUUUAGUUAGCACUGUCCCGGAAUCUGCUACGCCUGCUGCCCUUGGUUACGCAGCAAAGUGUGAGCUUCCGUAUGUGGAGGUGCUAUGUAAAAACCGGUAUGUAGGAAGAACAUUCAUUCAGCCAAACAUGAGAUUAAGACAACUUGGUGUUGCGAAAAAAUUUGGAGUAUUGUCGGACAACUUUAAAGGCAAAAGAAUUGUUCUUGUAGAUGAUUCAAUUGUGAGAGGCAAUACCAUUUCACCCAUAAUCAAAUUGCUCAAAGAAUCUGGUGCAAAAGAGGUACACAUUCGCGUAGCUUCACCACCAAUUAGAUAUCCAUGCUUCAUGGGAAUAAACAUACCAACAAAAGAAGAGCUUAUUGCCAAUAAACCAGAAUUUGAGCAUAUCUCAGAUCAUCUAGGAGCAAACAGUGUUGUGUAUCUGUCAGUAGAAGGACUGGUUGCAUCUGUACAAGAAGGGAUAAUAUUUAAAAAACAGAAAGUGAAAAGGCAAGAUAUUAUGGUUCAAGAAAAUGGGAAUGGUCUGGAAAGUUUUGAAAAGAACGGUCAUUGUACAAAGGAAGAUGUUAUUGUUCAAGAAAAUGGGAAUGGUCUGGAAUGUUUUGAAAAGAACGAUCACUGUACAGCUUGUCUGACUGGAAAAUACCCUGUGGAACUGGAAUGGUAGCUGCUAGGGGCAGACACGAUGUUUCAAAACACAAAGUUAGUGGAGAAGUUAUAAUGGUUACACCUCCAUUUACUGUUACUCGGUACAGUGUGAAAUGCCACAUGCUUGUGUUAUAAGUUUUGAGAUUUUUCUCUGAAAAGGGUACCAAAGUGCUAUGAUUUCUUUAGUAAUCCUAGAUAAAUAUUUUGGUAUUAUCUAGGAACUUGGAUGAUCCUUUCAGUUUUAUUUAGUAGUUUAGUACUUUUAUUUUUAGAAAUCGUAUACAUUUAACUUCAGAUCAUCAACAGUAAUGCAACGAAUCGGUAAAUUUCUGUUCAAGAGAGGAUUGCCAGGUACUCUACUCUCCCACAGGUUCUUAGAGAAUUUUGUGGAAUGUUUGAGAGUUAUGGAAAUUCAGUUAUGGAAUAUUUUCAUAAUUGAACCUUGCUAAUUACAUAUAAAACAACAAUAUGUGGUAUUCUUUUUUUUUGCUCAAGCAUUGGCUAGCCUUUUUCACCUGGUCAGAGAAGGUAGGUGGUCAGUGGCAUUUGCCAGGUCCAUGCUUUAAAGAGUUUGCAAGAGGUUAGACUAAGGUGUUGUGAUGCAAACAGGACAUGUGAGUUAAGUAUAACAUUUCAUGCAAACCUUGAAUCCAUUAUACCCCAAAGUUACCUAGCAUCAAGAGUUCUCUUUAAAAAAAACAAAAAACAGAAGAAACACCUUUUUGUGCCUCACUUUCCCCACCUGUGCAAUGAGGUGCUUAUAUUACUAAAUUAAAUAACUUGCAGCAGUUAUUUUGGUGGUUAGAGCCAUUAUUCCACCCCUCAGUUUUAAGACAGUGCAUGAUUAUUAGCUUUUGAAAUGUUGGCCGUUGGUCUGCAAUUGAGAUUUCAAGAGGGAGACAUACAGCAGUAAUUUGCAACCUAUCUUUGAGAUGCUCUGAGAAUGACUGUAAAAACAUGGCUGUGCAAAAUAUUUUCCUACAUUUGACUAGAAAGUAUGAUCCAUACUACUUAGUGCCCUUAUAGUAGAAGCCCAGCAAGUAACCUGGUACAUUUGAAGUAAAAAAUAAUUCUUUAGAUUCUAACAAACCUUUUAUCCUUAAUUUGAUUAUAUGCUUUUUUAAUGAAGUGCUUGAUCACUUGCAAAUAUACUGUGUAUGCAAUGAGAUGAUCAAGUAGAAACAUUGUAGGGGCCAAUUUUAUGGAACAAGGAGACAACAACUUUUUUCAGUUAGCAUGCUCAUCUAAUUCUGAGCAUCAAUGUAUCACUUUUUCUACUUUGUUUUAUUGGGAUCUAAUGAAUUAGAUUUUUUUAAAGGUUUUUGUUUUUUAACAUCUGAGAUUUAAAACUUUAAAAUGACUUGCCCUCAACCCUUGUUUAUGUAAGAUUUUGAAAACAUAAAAGUUUGUUUCUGUGUUAUUACUAUGAUUUGGUGUACAUAGUGUCCAAAUCCACCUGGAAUUGUAAUAUUUAUUAAUAACCAUAAUCUUUUGUCUUCA